GAGGUAUCUAGGUACCCUUUUUUUCUCUCCAAGCAGAUAUGAGUAAAGAUUUGUACUGCAUGAUAACAUACGCGCUCCCACAGAGAUAUCUACACAUUCGACCUCUCUUACCACCCACUAUAUCUCUUUUUUUUUUCCCCUUCGAAUCUGUUUCGCGUACCUGUCCAUCUCUAUUUCCACGCUCGACUCGUUAAUCUGCCAGUCCUGCUCCAGCCUUCAGCAAAGCCGCUGUUCGAAUUCUUCUCCCGCAGCCAAACGGGAAGAGCUAGCUAUAGAUCCUUGAGCUUCGACUUUGUGGUUUGCGACGAAAAGCAUGAUUCGUAAGCAAGCACGACAGCGGCGCGACUACCUCUAUAGAAGAGCGCUGCUCUUGCGCGAUUCCGAGAUAAGCGAGAAGAGAGCGAAACUACGGGCAGCGUUGGCCACUGGCAGACCCUUGGACCCAACCAUCGCGAACGACAAGGAGUUGAGGAAAGACUAUCAAUUCGACGAAUCGAGGCCGGACCGAAGCGUGAACGAGGAACUUGACCUCGAUGACGAAUACUCGCAGUUGUCUGGCAUAGUCGACCCCCGAGUGCUCGUUACCACCUCGAGAGACCCCUCCGCUCGCUUAUCAGCAUUCGCAAAGGAGAUCCGCUUGCUUCUCCCGACUGCUAUCCGGCUGAAUCGCGGCAACUUGGUCCUCCCGGACCUCACCCGGUCGGCACAGGCCAGCGGUCUCAGCGACUUGGUGCUUCUCCAUGAGCAUCGAGGCGUCCCGACAGCGCUGACGUUGUCUCACUUCCCACACGGGCCGACAAUAUCAUUCUCGCUGCAUAACGUUGUGUUGCGCCAUGAUAUCCCCAAUAGCAUUCGGGGGACCGUUAGCGAGUCAUAUCCGCAUUUGAUCUUCGAUGGCUUUACCUCCCGCCUCGGAACAAGAGUUGUCAAGAUUUUGAAGCACAUUUUCCCCCCGCGAGAGCCAUUGACGAAUAAGACCAAGCUCGGGAGCCGAGUUGUCACAUUUAAGAACAUCGAGGAUUCGAUAGAGGUGCGACACCAUGUAUUUGUCAGGACUGGGUACGAUAGCGUGGAGUUGUCCGAAGUCGGGCCCCGAAUGACUAUGAGGGUGUUUGAGAUCCGGAGCGGUACGCUGGAGAACAAAGACGGCGACGUCGAGUGGCAUCUCAACCAGUAUACGAGAACUAGCCGCAAGAAAGACUAUCUUUGAAGCUGCCGGCCCUGAUGUCGCUAGUGCGGCGCAAUUGUGCUUUGGCUGUACGUUCCACGCGCGCGGUUCAGACGGAAUUGUAUCGCCACAGGGAACGACAGAUCUUAUUUCGAGCUCAGGCAAACACCUAUAUGAGUGUAUCUGCCCUGCGGUAACCUGUCGGUGUGGCGACCGCUUAGCACAUAAAGGAACCCAAGAACGCGCAACCUUACUAUGGGGGAUACGUCCACAACGUGGAAUCCGAGUGCGGAGAUCGCCGCUGGGUGUAUGGUGGUUCAUUCCGGCCGCCGCCUACCCGAUCUUAUGAAGACCGGCAUUGCCAAGCCGUCAUUGCGGUUACCGUAGUAUGGGCAAGCUAUGGAAGGGAUGAGAUGUAGGAGGUAGAGAAAACACCGACUCUCUAGCUCUUUUGGCAGUGAGAGGCUGUCAACCGACGGGAAUCAGGUCUCGGACGAUAUUCCCGUCGCGCAUAUUACCGCUAGUUACCCAAUAUACCAAGGCCAAGUCUACAUAAACCCAGUUUCCGUGAGGCAAGUUUUACCUGGGAGUAUGGCACCGGGUUUGUCGCCAAUAGGAAUGAGAAGCAAACAAAGCGUUUACCCGCCACUAUGUUCCCGGGAUAAGAUAUUUUUUUGAUUGUUGCCAAUCUUAG